UUCAUUUGGCUCUGUGGUGCUUAACUAAAGUUUUCCCCGGAGUCACAGUGGGGGAUUAGACAUUCUGUGAAAUUGUAACGCUGGAGAGACUGAUCCAGCGGAGGAGGGAACCAUCGUUUUCUUCGGCGUUGAAAGAACAAGUACGUCUGUGAGAUUAGUAGAGGACCGCAAAGGAUUUUUUUCUCCCGCUUUCCAACCCCCUCCUUCCCAAAUCCUCCGACCCCCUUCUCGAUCCGAGAUGGGGAAGGAGCAGGAACUCCUAGAGGCGGCGCGCACAGGAAAUCUUGCCGCCGUGGAAAAGCUGCUAUCUGGGAAACGACAAUCGACUGGAAGUGGAAGUGGAUCAUCGGGGACUGGUGGAGGCAGCAAUAGCAGUGGUCACAAUGCUUCGCACCCGCUUUCCAGCCUUCUCAGUAUCUGGAGGGGUCCUAAUGUGAACUGUGUGGACAGCACUGGAUACACUCCUCUACACCAUGCAGCCCUAAACGGACACAGUGAAGUUGUGGAGUCACUGUUGCGUAACGAGGCCUUGACCAACAUCGCCGACAAUAAGGGCUGCUACCCCCUGCACCUGGCCGCAUGGAAGGGGGACCAACGGAUCGUCAGGCUGCUCAUUCACCAAGGCCCCUCACACCCCAAACUCAACGAGCAGAGCUCCUCUGUAGAGCACAAAGAGUUGAAACGCUGUGGGCCCUUUGACCUGCAUAUUAAUGCCAAGAACAACGACAACGAGACCCCUCUCCACUGUGCCGCCCAGUACGGCCACACCCAGGUGGUGCGUCUGCUGCUGGAGGAGCUGACCGACCCCACCAUGAGGAACAACAAGUUUGAGACGCCGCUGGACCUGGCGGCGCUCUACGGCCGGCUGGAGGUGGUCAAGCUGCUGCUCACCGCCCACCCCAACCUGCUCAGCUGCAACACCAAGAAACACACACCGCUGCACCUGGCGUCACGCAACGGACACCUGGCCGUGGUGGAGGUGCUGCUGGACGCUGGCAUGGACAUCAACUAUGAGACGGAGAAGGGCAGUGCCCUCCAUGAAGCGGCACUCUUUGGGAAAACCGAUGUGGUGCAGAAACUUCUGAGGGAAGGGGUUAAUGUCAACAUGGUGGACAACAAGGGCCUGACUGCGCUGGACACUGUCAGAGAGAUGCCCUCUCAGACGAGCCGGCAGAUAGCAGCUCUAAUUCUGGGUCAUAUGUCAGGAAAUCCCCCUGUUUUGGACUUGCCUCCUCCCCCUCUCCCUCCACCUAAUGAGAGCCCUAGUCCGAGGAAAAAAGGUGAGAUGGAGGUGGUGAGUGCACUGCUCUCGGGGCUGGCCCCGGGGCCUGAGGAAGAGAGCCCGUAUGAGGCUCUCUUUGAGGCCACCUCCUGUCACUCUCUAGACAGCCUGGCUAGCGGGAAGUCCUCCGACAGGGACUCUGGACGGCCUGACAGUGAAGCCGGAAAGAAAGACCGGCUGGCUCACCAAGCCCAACCUGCCCCAGGCCAUGUGGAGGAGCUUAGCUCAGAGGCCCUAUUCACUAACAGCAGCAUCGAUGAGAGGGGGGAGACUGAGGAGGAGGAUCACACGUAUGAACUGCUGCUGUCUGCCCAGACCAAAGUCCCCCAGUCCGCACUGGACCCCCCAUCCCAGAAAGAUGGGAACACUACAGUCAAACAGUCUUCCAACAGUCUCCUACCUCAGCAGCAGAAGCCCACUGCCCCUAGUGACCUCAGACCACCAGGCGAAACGGACAACACUCUGAAGCUCCCCGGACCUUCUGUGGUUGGGCCUGGACGGACGGGACUCCGCUCCACUGGCGAUAACUCCCUACUCGGCCAGGACCUAGUUGCAGUACCUGAAGUGUUCACAGGCCUCUUGCACGGCUCCUCGCCUGUCUUUGACUGUCAGGUGGAGCCCCUCAGCAGGCUGCCAGGUGGGGUACUGACACAGUCCAGCCAAGGCCAACAGCCGGCGCCAGCUCCAACGGUACCCACCAAAACAACAGAAGCUCCGCCUCUGCCUCCUCCAAACAUCAACAUGGCUUCCAUCGUGACAGACUGUGACCCCAAAGCCAUCUAUGCCACAGUGUCUAAGGGGGUGCCCAGGGACAGAGACAGAGACAGGAUGAGAGACUUUGGGUCUGGGGCUGUGCCUGCUGGCAGGAUGCGUCCCCCUGGGGACCUGAAGCUGGCCCGCAGCCUCUCCAAAUCGGACUCGGACCUGCUGGUAUCGCCGCCUAGCGAGGAGGAGGGAGGGCUGGGCAGCCGGAGUGAGUCCGUCUCCAACUGCAGCGCAACCAAGAAGCGGCUGGAGAAGUCGCCCUCUUUCGCCUCUGAAUGGGACGAGCAGAUGCCUCCCACACUACCUCCUCGGAGAUCUCAGUCCUCUGAAAGUAUUGAGAAGAUCAUGACACUGAUUGGCGCAGGCAUCGAUUUCUCCAGAGACCAGCAGUACGCUACCCCAGGUGGGGCGGCUGGGCGGCUGCUGGAUCAGCCCGUGGGAGACUGGCUGGAACACGUGGGGCUGCCGCAGUAUGAGAGCAAGCUGCUGCUCAACGGCUUCGACGACCUGCACUACAUGGGCAGUAAUGUGAUGGAGGAACAGGACCUGAGGGAGAUAGGCAUCACUGACCCAGGACAUCGAAGGAAGAUCCUGCAUGCAGCUCGGUCCCUGCCAAAAGUGAAGGCCCUGGGCUGUGACGGAAGCAUCUCUCUCUCCUCCUGGCUGGACCUCCUGGGCCUGCAGGAGUACCUCCACAACUUCCUGUCCAGCGGAUACCGCAGCCUCGACUGUGUCAAGAACCUGUGGGAACUGGAGAUUGUCAACGUACUGAAAAUCACCCUGCUGGGACACCGAAAACGCAUCAUCGCCUCGCUGGCAGAACGGCCCUAUGAGGAACCUCCUGUCAAGCCCCCCCGCCUGUCCCAGAUCAGGUGUCAGGACCUGGUAUCCCAGACCUCCUCUCCCAUCAGUCACAUGGACUCCUACGCGGGUCAUUCCAUGGACCCCCUCCUGCCGUUGGGGGAGCCUGGGAGGAGGAAGGGGCCUGACCCAGCUUACGAUGUGGACCCCCACCGGCCCCGCAGUGGAAGACACCGCUCACAUGAGAGGUAUGAGGAGCGGCAUCGGGAGCCUCGUCUGACCCUGCGACCCCCCAGCCUGGCAGCACCUUACACCCCUGUACAGAACUGGCACCACCAGCCUGAGAAGCUCAUCUUCGAGUCCUGUGACUAUGAAGCCAAUUAUCUGGGAUCUAUGCUCAUCAAGGAGCUACGUGGGACAGAGUCCACCCAGGACGCCUGUGCCAAAAUGAGGAGGUCGACAGAGCAGAUGAGGAAGGUCCCCACCAUCGUCCUCUCCAUCACAUACAAAGGGGUGAAGUUCAUUGACGCAGCCAAUAAGAACAUCAUAGCUGAGCAUGAGAUCCGGAACAUCUCGUGUGCGGCCCAGGACCCAGAGGAUCUGUGCACAUUUGCCUACAUCACCAAGGACCUGCAGACCAACCACCACUACUGCCAUGUGUUCAGCACAGUGGACGUGAACCUGACCUAUGAGAUUAUCCUGACGCUGGGACAAGCUUUUGAGGUGGCCUAUCAGCUGGCUCUCCAGGCCCAGAGGACCAAACAGCACCAGGUCAUCCCAGCAGGACCUGGGACAGAGGUCAUCGAGACCAAAUCCAGCCGGCCCGUUCCUAAACCACGGGGCAGCGUAAGAAAAUUAGGGGUGGACCCGUUGGAGCUGGUGGGGGACUCCCAGUCCCAGGGCAGUGCCACGUGGCUGGUGGACCCCGUUCCCAAGGACUCUAAGAGGACCAUCAGCACUAAGCGACGGCCACUGUGAGAUGCUCUUGAAGAACUUUCCCUCCUUGUUUUCUGAACAAUAAUCUCCUGACUCCAGUGCUCAGAAAAAAAAUAUAUGAUUCUCUACAGCCAAGGAUCGACUACCUGGAUGAACAUUGUUUUCUAGAAGAAUCUGUAAGAGACCGGCUGCUCCAUUGUUCUAACUCUACACACAUUAGUAGGAACAUUGCCUGUUUCCCUGCAAGGGGAUGGAUGACAACCUUGUUGCACAGGACUAAACUCUAAACUCAUUCCCCCUGGGAUUGGUCCAUUUGGGUUAACAGGGGGAAGGGCACGUACAUGCGUAUCCUGUCAGACUUAUUUACAUUCUUUGUGUCGGUUUACCGGAAACUGUCUGGGAAAACUGGCCCUCUGUGUCAGGCUGCCAAAGGAGGCUAGGGCCCAGCACUGUGAUAGGAGAUCUCUAUUGGGAACUAAUGGGGCCUUUUGUUAGGGAACAACAGUGCGCAGGAUAGGACACAGAGGCUCACACAGAAUAUAGUGUCCUACAUAGAGGUGCUCACUGUUAUAGACAGACAGCCUAGUGGGACAUCUAUUUGAGCAUGCCUUUCUCUGUUUAUGACUGGGAUGACUUUGAUUUAAUAUCUAGUGCAAUCCUAAUUUGGAGUGUCAUGAGCACUUUUUGUGAAUGCUUGGACGCUGGGGAAAUAUUGUGUGCAUCCAAGAUGAUAUGAAGAGGAAUUGAAUUGACUGUUCAUUUAAUAGAGUAAGAACCAAAGAGAUGCCGAAAUGCGUGAAUUCUGCUCUAGCCACCCGUAAUAGACCUGGGUGAGGGUCUUAGGGUAAUAACUCAGCCUAGCUGGUACAUCAGUCAAUAUAGAGCUGAUUAGUGCCAGUAACCUUAAUGACGAGGAAGAGAGCUCAUUAAAUCUCUGUGGAGAGGAGAGGUUAUAUGAAGUACGUAAAAAAAAAUAUAUAUAUAUAUAUACCAUUGUUCACAAUCCAAGCAUGUCUUAAUGGACUGAAAGAGGAAGGCAUUAGGUUGGCAAGGCACUGAUUCUACAUAUAGACAUAAUACAAGUACAUUACUUACUGUUGCUGUGCUAGGUUCAGCUCAUUAAGUGUUCAAAUCACUGUUCACAUCCAUCUAAAAUUCAAACUCAUUGCCAUAUUCCAAAUAGUAUUAAGACCCAAUCAACCCACUGUUGAAACUUAAACCCAGCGGAAUGGGGGACUUUCCUUUCCUUCUUUUCCUUUUCAGAGCUCUUGAUGUUCAUGUUGUCAUUAAUGGAUGUCUGUCUGUUUGAUUUAGAAUCCACCCUGCCUCAGUCAAUAUUCAGAGUGCUAACAUUGAAGAGGCAGUUGAUCAUUAUCUAGAAAAAUCCAUCAUUUUUAUAUCUCCUCCGUUUAGUUUUCAGUUGGCUCCGUCAUGUUUUUACAUUAUUUUAACCCCAGUGCUGUGUUGGUGUGUAUCUCCCUUCCAUGUAGCUGACUACCAUGACCAGACACCCAGCCAGAGUGAGAGGUCAGGGGUGCCCAGACCAAUGGUAUUUUGUUGUGGGGCAGGAUGCCCUUUUGGAACCAAGAGAAAGGUCAGGCCCACUUUCCAUGCACCCCUCCACCCACUGGGGGUCGUGCUUGCAUACACCAGGAAGGCCCUACCUGCUCUCUGCCGCCCCCGGCCCUCUCCUCAUCCUCCACUUCUUCAGCUCCAGGGGUCAGCGCUGUAGCUCUGUAGCAGACAGACAGGAAGUCCGCUAUUGGCUUCUUCCACCCUGUCCUGUCCUUUGACCACUGUGACUGACUGCCCCCAGGCAGUAAACCGAAUCAACCAACACCCUCGCUGCGUCCACUUACAUAUACUGAACAAUGGACUCGAUAUGUCAAAACUUGGUCAGUUAACUAGAGCUCACAAAGGUGGGUGUUUGUUUGGUACGUGUCCCUCUUUCAUUGUGAAACACUCAACUUCAACAUCCCUCAUCUGUUUUUGGUACAAAUGAAACAUGUUUAUCCUUUACAGGCCUGUGAAUGCUGCUCAGACAGACAGGGUAUUCUAUUUAUGGGUACGAGAGGGACAAGUUCCCAGUUGUUUUUUGACAGACAUUUUGUGACUUGUUUAUCCAUUCCAUGAGAGGUGAAGAUGGUUGCCUCAAACAACUCCUCCUCAGAGAGGCCUUUCCCAUACACUUAAAUGUGUCUUCACUGAGGGCUACGCUAAGCUACUCUUUACUCUGACAGUGAUAGUAAUCAACAUAAAUUAUAGAUUUUUGAGCAGAGAAAAUUGAGAUCCUACCUGACUAUCUCAAUGCAAUGCCUAUGGGAAAUGAGAGACACAUUUGGGAAGAAUUGGGUAAAAUGAUUACAAUGUGAAAUGCAGCAGUACACUCACAAGGCUCUCUCUUGUCCAUCCAUCCAAGCACCAGGUCAGCGACAUCAAAGCAUCUCUUCUUUAUUUUAAUUUCCUCUAUCAUAACAUACAGAACUGUGAUAAAUAAUGGAAUAGUUUGCGGGAGGAAUUUUGGACGGCUGUUAAACUGACACUACAGAUCAUAUUUAAACAGGGUGAAUGGCUUUUAUUUGAUAAAAAUAAUAAUAAUAAUGUAUUGUCUUUUUGUACGUUUUAACUGUCCUGAUGCUGGAUACUAUAUGACCAGGCUGGUGUUGGGAGGUAGUCCUACUAAUUGCAUUUUAUUCCCCCUAACUUUAUUUCUGAAUUAAUUUUGAACUAGUCAACCCACAAAACCAGUAAUGUAAGAUUUUAGGUACAAUAAUGUAACAAGCAUUUUCUCCCCAUACGCUAUCUCUCCUGGUACUCUGUGGGCAGCUAGUGAUGAACCUCUGUUGGUAUGUUGACUAGUUAUGGUACACUCAAUAUGGUACACUGGCUUCAACUGGUUGAUAGCACCUGCAGCCAUCAACCUGGUCCCAUCUUCGCGUUUGCACAUUUACUAAGGAUCAUUGGUAGUACAAUGUGACUAUUCUGAUGAUAUUGAUGAUGAGAACAAUAUUGGAUUGUAAAUUAAUCUCUAGCAGUCUGUAUUUUGAUACUUGAAUGAUUUUGCUUUUAUAGAUAUCUAUAUAUAUAUAUAUAUCUAUAUAUAUAUAUAUGUAUGUAUGUAAUUCUUUGCCACAUUUGUUGUAAAGAGAAAAAGGACUGUGUCUUAUAAAGUUCAACAUAUCAUGAUACCCAACGAUUGAAAACAAACAGAGAAAGAACUUGGAGCGACCGCACUAAAGAAACAAAGAAAAAGAUUGUAAAUAAUCUUGGGCUUCCAGUCUUUUUAUGAUUAUUAUUUUUCAUAAUUGUACAACUAAUAAAUGAAGAAAUGAUGAACCAGA